AUGGGCAUCCUUCACGAUCCCGGGGAUGGCAAUUACCAGCUCUUCUUCCAGGCUAAGACGGCCCUACAGUCAGCAAUGGACUCGAUCCUCAACCCGCCGGAUCCCAGCCAGCCGGAGAACUCGCUUGACAUGCUCUCCACGGCUGCGCUGUCGCCGGAUCUCAUGUUUUCGGAUUAUCUCGGACUUGGGGUGGAUUCUUGGUGA